CGUCGUUGUACAUACAUUGCAGUUAAACCGCUAGAAUCAAAACAAAUAGUGAAGAAAUGGACGUUCAAACAACGAAUACAAGAAGAAAAAUAUUGAGCCAAGCGAUUUGCAACAUUAUAAUCGAGUGCGGCUUCGACUACUGCGAGCGAGCCGUCCUGGAAACUCUUACGGAAAUGUUGCAGUCAUUGUUGUGUGAGAUCGGUCAGUCAGCCAGGAAUUAUUGCGAACUCUCCAGCAGGACAGAAAUCCUCAUAGCAGAUGUCAUACUAGCUCUAGUGAACUCAGGCAUCAAAAUUGACAAUCUUUGGAGUUACGGGCUUCGUCCCAACAGGACGAUCUUACCUCCUCUUCAGCAGCAAACACAAACCAAACAGUUGAGCAUCCUGCAAGCUGGAGUCAAGCAAAACCAUCCUCCUCACAUUCCGAGCUACUUGCCGCCACUGCCAGAUCCUCAUGCUUAUAUUAGGACACCGACGCAUAAGCAACCUGUGACUGAAUACGAAGCAAUUAGAGAAAAAGCUGCUUCCCAGAAGAGGGAUAUUGAAAGGGCUUUGACCAGAUUCACAGCAAAGACUGGCAAGACACAUACCUUGUUCCUCAAAGAUGAUAACAGCAUGUUUCCAUUGAUAGGUACUUCUCCACAAUUUCCGAGCUACCUUUCAGCUUUACUGCCACAGGAUCAAAUUUUUGAUUCAGAUAGCGACGCGGAAGGUAGUCCUAUUAAAAAGAAAAAAGAAAACGAACCUGAAAGUAAGGAUGGGAACAAAGAAGGAAUUGUUGUCCCAAAAGAAGAGACUGAACAAAAUGAGGAGACAAAUACUCAAUCAGAUGUUAUUGAUAAUCCUUACCUAAGGCCAGGUAAGAUGCCAAAAAAUAAGGUACCCAUCAAGUCUGAAAGUGGUGCAUUAAGUUCUUGA